GCUCCUGCUUAUGUCACUAACGCCAUGGGGACGCAGAACACAGUUCUCCUGGCGCGUUGCGAACACAGUCGCUAUUUAACUCUAGUCUAUUAUGAUGAUGAAUUCAACAAACUACGAUAUUUGUUCGCAACUUAAAAUAUCCUUUCGAACGGGGAGGAAAUAAAGUGCCAGAAGAGGUGAUAAAGUCAUAAAUGUACAGUGUGGACUAAAAUCUCAGCAAUGUCUCUUCUUUGUGUGCGAGUGAAAAAGGCCAAACUACAAGGACCUUCAGAUAAGUUUAAUGUGUAUGUCACACUGAAGGUCCAGAAUGUUAAAAGCACAACCAUCACGGUGCGAGGAGAUCAGCCAUGCUGGGAACAGGACUUCAUGUUUGAAAUUAAUCGUCUGGAUCUGGGUCUGGUUGUGGAGGUGUGGAAUAAAGGUCUCAUCUGGGACACCUUGAUAGGAACAGCAUGGAUCCCACUUAACACCAUCCACCAAUCAGAUGAGGAAGGGCCUGGAGAGUGGACCUUACUGGAUUCUGAGGUCCUGAUGAAGGAAGAUGAAAUAUACGGCACUAAAAACCCUACUCCUCACCAAGUGCUGCUAGACACACGCUUUGAGCUCCCUUUUGAUAUACCUGACGACGAGGCCCAGUACUGGACUAAGAAGCUGGAGCGCAUCAACUCUAUGAGGAUACAUGAUGAGUAUUCACUGCAAGAUGAAGCACAGAGAAGACAGUUGCCUCCAGUGUCUUCCCAGUGCUGCAAUUGGACAUAUUUUGGGUGGAAUGAUCAGCAGAAUUUCGAUGAUCACGACAGUGCUGUUGAUGACAGGGACAGUGAUUACCGAAGUGAAACAAAUAGCAGGCCUCCACGAUACCACACCACAGCUCAACCCAAUUCUUCAGUGCAUCAGUACCCUAUUGGUCGAAGGUCACAGCAUCAGGCAUUGCCAAAAGAGUCUAGGACUGACUCUAUCCAGAGCUAUGAUUUGGACUAUAGAGAAGGAAGGGAGCAGAGAUUUUCAAAUGGUGCAGACGCUGUCCGAAUGAUUCCAGUGGACUCUGGCAUGGGAGUUGAAGACUGGGAGACCAAAUACAAAGUUGAUAACAAUAUACUGGAUGAUUAUCUGGAACCAGAGCAGAAAAAGUGGGAUGAUGAUGAUGACACCAAAAGUGAAAUUUAUAGAAUCGUGACCAGCCCAGGUGACACCAAAGGCAGUCACGUCUCUCAGACAGAAAAAUGUGAUGCAAUGUCCCCUGAGGAAGCAGAUGACUAUGAUGAAUCUGGUAAUCCCAUUAGAAGAAAUAGCAGUGAGGUCCAUUUGGUCUGUAAGGAAGUAAGAGACUUUGAGGAGGAAAUUUCCCCUCCUGAAAUUUCCAUAAUUCCUUCAAUUAGCCACCUUCGCAGGGCAGAAAAUACAUCAUAUACAGAAGGACUGUUGUACAAAACUAGGAUGUGGGCCAAAACCUCAUUUGAAGAUACUCUUGAAAACUAUACAAUUUACUGUGAGGAGGAGGAAGCCAGAAUGAAAGCAAGAAGUGAAUAUGGGUCUGCAGGAUCAGAUGAAAUGCAGUUCUCUCUUGGGUCUGAAGAGGAGCUAGAUGAUAUGGCAUUUGUAGAAGAGGAUGCACAAUAUGAAUAUGACAGUUACUACAGUAAUGCAAGAUGUAUUUCCUCUUAUGAUGAAUGGUCCCAGGACUAUUAUGAACAAAAAAGUGUUAUGAGAAAUAUUUGCACAAGGAACCCGGAUGUAAUGUUGUCAUCUUUAGAGCAACCAAAUAAGGAGUAUCAUGACACGAUGGAUGAACUUCAGAACUUAGUUGACUCUGUAUCUGAAUAUUUGGCGGGUAGAGAGGAGGAAAUUAGUAAGUACGAAUCAAUGGAUAAAAUUGACACAAAAACAGAAACAGAAACAAUAAGUAAAGAAAAGAAACCCGAGUACAAACCAGCUGAGGUAAAAGAGGAAAAGGCUGUGGAGCAAGGAAUUGCAGGUGUUAAAAAUGCCAUGAGCUCAUUGUUUAGCUCAAUAACAAAUACCAAACCAGCAGCGGAAAAUAUAGAAUCAACAGAAUCUGCUGCAAAAACUCCAUCUCCAGUUCCUCCCCAGUCAGAGUCUGGUAUUUCCAAACUAUUUUCUUUCAUACCCAAACCGACUGGAAGUCCAACUCCUGUUGCUAUUGUACCACCUGCUAACCAGGAAGCUAAUGCAGACAAGAAGUUUUCUUUGCAAUCACUUUUGCCAUUUCAGUCUCCAGAGGUCAGUCGACCAGCUAGUGCUGCUUCUGAGGCUGAUGCUGUGAACAUUUCUGAUUCAACUGGCUCACAAACUCAGGACUCCACUCCAAGUCAGACUCAAACAGUAGUUGAUUCAGUACUAGGAAGAUUAAGCCCUUUCAGGCUUUUUGGAGACAAAACUAGUGCUGAAACUACUUCUCAAACAAACACAUCGCAGGAAAAGACAGAGUCUAAAGAAGGAUCAGUUGAUAAAUUCAAGAGUUUGUCUUUAGAAGGAUCAGGUGCACAUCCUGAGCACCAGCUCUCAUGUGGGGGUUCGGUAAGUGGAUCAGUAGAGCUCUUACCUGAAACAGAAUCAUCUGGUGAGUUGCCUGAUUCCCUGCCCAGAGGUGCUAUGUACAAGCUAGAAGAGACAAAAAUUGAAGCUAUUCCUGCUGGUCAAACACCCGCAGAAGAUACUGGAUUCUUCAGCCCAUUUAAGAAGUCACUGAAUUCACUUAUAUCAAACAAUACAACAGAUGACCAAAAAUCAAACGAUACCCCCUCAAUGUUUUCUAUUUUUAAGCCAACUGAGGCUUCAAAAGCUGAGGAUGUAUCUAGUUCUCUUGGAAAUAAAUUAAAGCUCCCUUUCUUUUCCUCUGAUGCGCCAGACAGUACUCAGGCACCUAAACAAGAGGGUGGUUUGCUGUCUGGAUUUCUAAAACUGACAACAGGUGAGGAUUCCAAUCCUCCUAAACCUGGUAUACCCCAAGCUGGUACUAAAACACCACUGUCUAGUCGUUCUGCCCUGCUUGAAAGUGUUUCCAAAGGAAACGCAGACACUGGAUGGUUCUCCAAUCUGUUUAAGGCAAGUCCAACUCAACAACCAAAGCCACAGACUGGAACACAAGCCUCAUCAAAGACAACGGCUACACAUAAUAUUCCCACUGUCAUUGUGAAUCCUGAAAAAACAGACCAUAUAGAAUCUUCUGCAGAUGUUGUUGCAGAAAAUGAUGGUGCAACAAAUCAUCAUAAUGAGUCUCUAUCUGCUGAAUAUCAAAGUGAAAUUAAAAGUGAUGCAUUGGGUUCAGACCAAGCUGAGAGAAAUGAAAACGCACCUAAAGAUGAAACAAUUAUGAAAGAAGAGGACCAGGUGAAACCAAUGUCACAAACUGAUACACAGACACAACCCCAGCCUCAGGGCUUGCUAUCUAGUCUUAUAUCUGGAAUCAACAAACCCCAAGAAAGUUCUGUUCAAUCUCAACAAGGCGGAUUACUCUCAGGGCUACUUUCUACUGUUACUGGCACCCAAAACACGAACCAGAUUCAGCCAGGAACAGCACCUCCACAGUCAGGAGGAUUGUUGUCUGGAAUACUGAAAAUUGCUGCCCCUGAAAGCUUUAACACAAACAACCAAUCAGCAUCCCCACAACAUCAACAACCCUCAAGCGAAGGCAAUGCCCUUCAGGAAACACCUGGAGCUCAAGGCCAGAGCCAACCUGCAGCUCAAAGCCACAGCCAACCACAGAGUACUGGACUUUUUUCUGGGUUGUUAAAAUUGGCCAGUGACACAGUUUCAAACUCGCAAACAACAUCUGCCCAAUCAGCACCAGUUCCUGAAAAGCAGAAUGUCCCAAAACAAGUAAGUUUGGAAAGUGUAUCUAAUGAGCCAUCACAAGGUGCUUCACCUCAACCUCAGUCAGGAAGUUUCUUAUCUGGGCUUUUAAAAUUAAAGACUCCUGAGACCAUUUCAGCACCUGAAGUUGUCUCCCAGCCUCCACAGCCGCAAAUAUCACAACAAAGCAGUAGUCAACAACAACCAGAAAUAAAGUGUCAACCACAAUCUCAAUCACAGCCAGCUGAACCACCACCAAGUCAAACAGGUGGACUUUUUGGGGGACUUCUGAAACUUACAGAGAGUGCUCUUACAGGGUCACAACAAUCAGGUGGUCCAAGCAGACAGCCUAAUCAACAGCAACCCAGCAAACCAAAUGCACAGACACCACAAACAUCUGCUACAGCAAGUGGAAUGUUUUCAGGAUUUUUGAAUAAGCUAACAGCUCCAGAGAGUGCUUCUCAACAGCCACAUCCUGGAAAUAGUAGCCUGACAUCACAUCAGAGCCCUAAUCCCCCUGACCAACCACCAUCUUCUCAAACAGGUGGCUUUCUUUCUGGGCUGUUUGGUAUUAGUGCUUCAGACAACAAUAAUGCCAAAGAGCAAGUUCCCCAGAAUAUGUCACAACAGGAAACCUCUGGUUCUGGUCAAACUAACGCACAGCAAAGUAACAUGCAAAACUUGCAAGGACAAAACCAAGUUCCUUCUCAGCAAAUACCUCAAAGUGGAUCAGGUGGGAUAUUCUCUGGGUUGCUAAAUAAGAUUGCAGACACAGCAACCCCACAACCCCAGUCACAAACCACACAGCAGACUAGUAAGUCUGGUCCAAAUGAAAUUGUCCAUCAGCAGUCCUCUAGCCAAUCAGGUGGGUUCUUUUCUGGGCUUUUUUCAACUAAUCAGACACCAGCACCAUCACAACAAGGAUCCCCUGCAUCAACAACACAGUCAAAACAAGGACCACCUGGAUCAAGUCAACAGCAGCAGGGAAUCAGGCAGCCUUUACAAAGACAAAAUCAGAUUCCAUCUCAUACCCCAACUCCAGAGCCACCACAAGGGGGUUUGCUCUCAGGCUUUUUCAACAAACUUGCCUCAGUAGAUACUCCUGCUCAGUCAACAAAGCCUGCCCCUGGAGGUCAGCAUAACCAACAAACAAGUAGGCCAGAUGCCUCAGGACAGAGUCACACAUCUUCCCAGCAGUCAGCCGCUUCAAGCCAAUCAGGUGGACUUCUUUCUGGUCUUUUGAAGAUGGGGUCAGAAGCUGCAAAUCCAAAACCAGCUUUUGGGGGACAGCAGUCAAAUCCUGCCUCAGGAAGACAGACUCAAAGUCCACAAUGUCAAGGUCAAACUACAAUACAAGGAGCAAAACCAGAGCAAAAUCAAUCUGGUGGUCUGUUUUCUAGCAUUUUCAAAAUGGCUACCUCAGAUGAAUCUUUGCAGCAACAUGCCCAGUCAAGCAAUCAACAAGCAAAUGCAUCUGUUCAAAGUAUCACCAGUCAGCAAAAUGAAUCUAGUGGCAUUUUAUCUGGAUUUUUAAGCAAACUUACUUCAACAGCUGAAGAAUCGCCAGCAACAACUGAAGCUUCUCCUGGUCAGAAACCCAAGCAACAGCAACAGGAACGUACUGGAAUUAAACCUAGUCAGGUUCGCCCACAGAUUCAGAGGGCCAAACCAGUUGAGUCCUCUGAAGAUGGAAGUGAAAAAGAUCAAAAGGUUUCAGCACAAAAAGGUUUGUUGUCUGGAUUAUUUAGCAAGAUCUCAGAAGAAGAGUCUUCACCUAAAUCUCCUCCAAUCAAAGAAGAAACAAAAAGUAGUGUUAACAGUGCUACAAGUAUACUUUCUGGAAUUUUUAAAUCUGGAACCAAUGAAUCUGACACUACAGCAAAAAGUAAGGAUCCACAGAAGGCCUUCCUUGAUGAAAUGAAAUCUAAGCAGAGUACAGAAGACACCACUCCUAAAGUAUCAUGCAGCACCGGGAGUUUAGAGUCAAACAAAAUUGCAAGUGAAGUGGUUCAACAACCUGCUAACUUGCAUCCUGCAGUGCAGUCUACGCAACAGUACAUAGAUGAGAUCCAAAGACUCUUGUAUGGGACUGCUAAUAAUUAUGGCUACCAAGAUUUAUUGCACGUAUUUGCUGAACAUGGUGUGAUCCCACCAGAACUGUAUGAACAUCAAUGUCUCAUCGAAGCACUUCUUUGGCAGCAGCUGAAUGAAUAUGUUCUAUUGGAGACCCUAGCAACACAAGUUCCAGACUAUUCUUUUCCAAAUCAGGUUGGACCAUUACCUUUUGAACCAGUUGUGGAGAGACCUGAAUGGUGGAACUUAAAAAAUAUGGAUCCUAGUCAGUUCCAUAUCCCAUCUCAUCCCUGGCAGGAUGUUCCCAGUUUACCAUUUCAAAGUAGUCUUCCACUAGCAAAUGGAGAGGAUGUGUUUGUGUUUGACAUGAGUAACAAGAAACCCUUGGGAGGCUCUGGCAAUUUGCAUGACUGCAGUGAUAAAAAACAUUGGAUGGAGAAAGAAGCUGCUAAAAACCCACCAGCAGAUGCAUAUUCAUGCCCAACAAACAUUUUUCCCAAACCACCCUAUAAUUUGAAAUUUGACUCCAGAUUCUUCAAGCGACUAACUGAGAAAAAGGGGCCAUUAGAUUUGACUCCAGGUGCUGUCAACCUCAGUAGCACAGUAGCUGCCAAUGGAGAUAUAGACGAUGAUAUGAUUUUUGAAGAUUCUGAGUGGUACCAACAGUGGCUGUGCUUGUUGGAGCAGGGAAUGUGGUGGCCGGCUGAGGCAGGAGAUUGUGGAUAUUAUGUUUACAUGGAUGAGGAAUAUAUUUACUCUCUUUUGACUGAUAGGGCUGGUAAGCAUCUUUAUGCAUGUGCAACCCCAGAGGAGAGCCGCAUCUUGGAACAAAUCACUGAAAAUAUAUCUAGUAUUCUUCAUAAAAAGGAUAAACCAAAGAUGACACUUUGUGGUUUUAAAAUACCUCUAUUCAAUGAAUAUGAAAUGCCUGGAAUACCUGGGAACAAUCAGUGUGACUCUCAGCUCAGAAAUGCUCCUGUUGAUUUGUCUUCAGCUCUUCAGAAAGGUGACAGGAUUAUGAACAUGAACCUUGAGCGGUUCUCCCAAAUGUUUCAUGAGUCUGUAAAUGCACAUGCAGAGCAAGUUGUUGAUUAUAGUGUGUAUAAACUCCAAAAAGUAAAAAUGGGUUCUCAAGAGCCAGGUAUAAUUUCUACAGUAGAGCAGCUAGAAGCAGCUGAUCUCUCAAAGAAGGCAAAUGAUCUAUGUCAUGGUGGACCAUACUGGAGAAAUCAGAGUAUUAAAGAUCUUUUUCCUCAAGUGUCAGUGCCAAAAUCCUUUCCUCAACGGACUUCUACUUCCUCAAUGGGCCAUAGACAGCAUCCCUCAACUACAAAAUCUUCAAUUCCUGAAAUUGUGAUUGGCCAAGUAGAUGAUACGCAUGUUGAGCAGAAAGCUCAGAUGAAACAAACUUUCAAUCCCAUAUUUUCCACCAUUGGAAACUUUGUUGAAAAGACAUCUACUGCACCACAGGUAGCUAAAAACAUACCUGUAGCACCAACAGGGUCUACAAUUACUCCACAAAGUCAGGCAUCAUCUAGAAAACUUCCUGAUAUAGUGAAGGGAAAUGGGACUCCACCUACAUCAGCUAGGACACUUCCUGUAACACCAACAAGUUCAACAAAACAGAAUGGGCUUACACAGCCUAUUGCAAGCACAACACCUGGAAUAUUGCCUGCUCAACCAGCCUCAGUUUCGACCACACAACUCACAGCAAGUAUUAGUUCUAAGCAUUCUGCAUCAUCUCAGAAACACAAACUGGCAAGGCAGCAAUCACAGUCAACACAGUCAAAACCAUCUGAGGAAUCUUCUCAUUUUGAAAGCUCCAAGACUGCAGCACUUCCCAUAAAGCCAAAAUCUUGCACAGUGAUGUCAAAUCAAAAAAUGUCAUUGCCACCACCACAAAAUUUACUCUUUAACAAGCCUCAAGUGGCAAUCGACUCUCUUUUUUGCACUAAGCCUAUGGAUUUCUCUGGAACCUUGAGCAAAAAAGACAAAUGUAAUGAUGAGAAAUCUCAGGUAGAUGCUAAUACUGAAAAUUCUAUUCAGGACGUGAUUGACUUUACCACAACAAAGCUAAAGGAUAAAAAACAGAAUGAGGAAAUAUCUGAGAUGAGUAAGACAGCAGCUGUUGACCUUACUGUUGAGUUAACUGAUGAAGUGAAAGAAAUUAAUAUCACAUUUCCAGCUCUGGAAGUCCAAAAUAUCUGUGUGACAAUGUCUGAUGUACCAAUGGGAACUGUAUCUGCUCCACCUUCGCCACGAAGCCAACCUCGAUACUUUCCUCCAGACUGUGGAGUGUCCAGACAAAACGACAGGUGCAGUAACGAAGCACCCAAAUCAUCAAAGCAAAAACCCCAGAUUUCUGGACAAGCCUCGGCUCAGCUGGUCAAAGCAGGUGGCUCUCAAGUAAGCUCUGCCAAAGUUCUGGCAGAUUCCCCUCCAAAGUCAGCAAUCAAGUCAGUCUCAACACCAGCUCAGCUUGAUCGGCUAGAAGGAGGUCCUUUAAUAAGAAGUGCCAAACCCAGCCAUGUGCCAACAUCCAUACCUCAAGCACCAUUGCCACAUAUACGUCCUGAAAUAAAGACAUCACCAGUGUUAAGCCCAGCAUUGAAGGUGCCUGUUAAAAAUAAACAAAUUGGCCUUAUAAGGCAGACUUCACUUGCUACAGAGUUUUUGGGAAAGAAUCACAUGACUGGACAAUUGCAUAAUGGGAACACUUCUCCAGCAAAUUCAGUCAAAUCAACACUGGAUAUGACUUCAAAGACAGCUGGUAAGCAUGCAGAGAUGAAAAUCACUGACACCUCUGUAAAUGAAGCAGUACCACUUCUAAGAAGCAGACGGGCUUCAAUCACAGAAUUGAAUACAAACUCAGUGGGUUUGCCUUUGCUUGUAGAGGCAUCAGCACAUGAGACAAAUAUCUUACAAAGGUAUCAGUCAUUACCCCAGCUUAUAUCUAGUAAAUCCAACUUUUUCCAUGAAGAACCUGCUUUAAACAUCCAAAACAGUAUUUACAGCAGAACUGCAAAUUUGCCAAUGCAACACACUUAUCAAACAUCUACUGCUCCAGCGAAUACAAUCAAAGCUACAUUAGAUAUGUCUGCAAAAUCAACUGCUCCAUUGGCUGUAGUUUCUGAAGCAAUGCAAAAGGAAGCGCUGCCACUUGUGAGAGCAAGAUCAUCAUCAAUCUCAGAUGGCAAUGAAGAGCUUGUUGGUUUGCCUUUGCUUGUUGAGCCAUCAAUAACAAAAGAAAAUCUUCUCUCACAAAGGCGUAAAUCAUUGCCACAGAUAAUAUAUGGUGAACCCAAAUAUUCUCAGGAAGGCUCUGCUGUACACAGACAAACAUCCCAUUAUAAUAGAACUGCAAGUUUGCCAGUGCACCCUUCAAAUUAUCAUGAAUCAUCAACUGCUCCAGCAAAUGCAGUUAAAGCUACAAUAGACAUGUCUGCGAAAUCAACUACUUGUGCAGCCGUAGUAACUGAGGCAGUUCAAAAGGAAGCACUGCCACUUAUGAGGACAAGAUCAACAUCAAUCUCAGAUUGCAAUGAGGAGAUUGUUGGUAUAUCUCUGAUUAUGGAGCCUCCAACACAACAGCAGAAAUCAUUUCCCCAAAGAUUUGAAUCAAAAUCAAAUUUUACACAACGUGAUGGUUUACAACAGAAGAUGGAUUUGCAAACAUCCAAGUUAGUUCCAGUCUUAAAUCAACAAGCACAUAGUUUUCAGGGAGCCUCUGCUCCAGCCAGUGCUGUUAAAACUGUAUUAGAUAUGUCUCCUAAGCCAACUGAAAAAAUCCAAGAGGUAAAGCUGGAAUUAUCUCCAAUGCCACUGAUGAAACGAAAAACAUCACCUUGUGUUUCUGACACAGAGACAUCCCAUGGAUUGCCGUUAAUUGUUAUACCUUCUGAUUCUAAAGAAAAUUAUAUAUUGGAGUCCAUAUCUCCAUCACAGGUUCAGGAAAGAUCAGAAAGAACACAUAAGGAAAAGAAUAGCAGUACUUCACCCCAACAGUCCCCUAAAGUCAUCUCUACUACUGAGUGUUCCUUUCAUAGUGAAGUAGCAAUAUUUCAAAUGAAACAUCAAGCAUCUUUUUCAGGAACUUCCAACAGAAUACACACAGCACCUGCUAAUACAAUCAAAAACAUAGUUGACAUGUCUCCAAAACUCCUUUCGAAGUCAUCAGAAAUUUCUGAAGAGGUUAGGAUGGAAGAUGGUGUGAUGUCACUUUUAAAAACAAGACAAGCCACUGAUGCUGAAUGUUUUAAAGGACUACCAGGUGUACCAUUAAUUGUAGAUCCUCCUUUGCUUCCUAAACCAGUUCGAAUUCAAAACAAAUUAUGUGAGGAUGUUUCACCUUUCUCUUUGAAAUCAACUAUGGCUCAUGCAGCAAAAGUACCUUCUGCACCAGCUAACACUGUUAAAUCCACUGUUGAUUUGUCAGUUGUCCGAUCAACUUGUAAAAUGUAUGAGGAAUCAACAGAAGAAAUGCUUUCAAGUGGAGUAAUGCCUCUUGUCAAAGAUAAAGCAGUCAUCAACAAGUGUUCAAGAAAAGAUUCAACAGGAAUGCCAUUAAUAGUUGAAUCUUUUUCACCAUCUCAACAGAUCCUUCAAAAACAGUCACAUGGUACUUCUUUAGUAGUAAAAGGCAACGCAAACCAAAAACAAUCAAUGAAUGGACGUCAUACUAUAGAGCCUUUGUUGCGCCAGCAGAUCCCCACCUAUCACCGAAAUGGAAUCCUUUCAGUUACAAAGACACAAAAUGUAGAAUCUCAGCCAUUCAACAAACCAUUGGACUUUUCUGUUAAUGUUCAACUUACAAAACACUAUAGUCCUUCUGUUCUUGAGAAUGGUCACCUGGUGGAUUAUACUAGAAGUGUAGAGGAGAAAUCAGUGAUUGGGAACAGAUAUCCAGACAAUGGUAGUUCUGCUUGUAAAAAAUCAUAUGCUGGAGCUGUCGACUUGACUUCUGACAUAAAGAUCGACAUCAAAAGAAACAAAAGGGAUGAUGACAUCAGAGAUCUUUCAUCUCCUAGAACUAGUGGCAUAUCCACCCAGAACACAUCAUCAUGUAUAGCACCUAUAAAAGCUGUUCAAAUUUCAGCUACAACAAAAAAGACAGAUUCUCCUCGGCUGUCAGGAACUCAGGGAAUGUUGGUAACCCAGUCAAAGAGCUUAGCUGAAUCACAAGCAUCAAACCUAUCUUUUCAAUCCAGUUUGCCUACUCAAACGGAAGAGACAUCAGUUCACUUGAUAAGAUCACUGCAAAUGACUGAUUUGCAGUUCCCCAAACCUUCUUUACAACCAAAUGAAGCUCAAAUCAAACCUAUUGAACCAGUCAACAGACAAUUACUUGACAAGGAGCCUCCAGUUGCAUGCAACACCUAUGUUGAUCCACAUGGCUGUCAUGUCCCUACACAAAUCGGUGAUUCAUCUAAAGUGGUGGUCUUCAGUGGCCAGCCUACAAAAUCUGUGACUCACAUAGUUUCCGCAGAGAACACAACUAAGCAAAGACUAGAUGAAAGGUCAAUCACCAGCAGAGACCCAGUACCCUUGGCAUUAACUAAGAAUGAAGGUGGCCAACUUAUUAAUCAAGCUGAGUCAUUCAUUACUACAACUACUUCUGUCUCAAGAUCCAAAGGUCUUAUCAAACAAUCAACAGUGGAAAGCUUUGGAGAAGAAUUCAUUCCUCAGAGUGGUACAGCUACGUUCAUCAGUAAGCCCUUAGUAUUAGACGACACACAUAUUCAAACUUCAGUUGUUCCAGUUAUAUCAGUACAAGAUGUAUCCACACCUGAUAAAGGUCUGUCAACUGACUUUGUGUCUACUUCUGUAAGUCUGCCAGUAACAACUUCUCCCGUUGUAUUAGAAUCAGUCAUUGUUGUGCCAUCAAGUGUUACAAACUCUCGAGAUUCCAUGGCAUGUCCACAACUACGUUUAACAAGUUCAUCUGUCAAGCAAAGUGUAAUUGAUAUUCAUCAACAAUCUCCAGAUCAAGCCUCACAUUCAGUCUCAGGCAAAAAUGUGUCAGUCAAAGGAUUAAUAUCAUUAUUUGAUGGAGCAGGCUCAAAGCCAACAACAGCUAAUGUUUCACAAAAAAGUGAUAUAAUCUUACAGCCAGUUAUCAAACCCUCACUUCAACAUUGUUCUGAAUCCAAACAAGAAAUGACCAUGUCUACAAAAAAGACAGUGACGACAACUGCUGAUACAUCAGUGUUCAGUGGAACCAUUUUAACUACUGAUCAAGCAAAUACUGCCCCACCCUCCUUAAUAACGUCACCCACUGAGCCUCUUUCAAGUUCUGUAUUUACAACACUGCCAUCUGUCGAACUUGAAGAAGCUUCACCAGUUAUACAAACUCAAGUUUUUCUGACUGACCAGUCUUUAACAAGGAGUUCACUAGUUCAACACAGCAGUGCAUCUGUUUCUCAGAUCAUUAAAACAUCUUCUCAGAGUUCUGCUUCAACAUGUACUGUCACAAUUUCACAGCCAUUGACUACUUUUGUUAUGCCAGCAGAGCCAAAAUCUCAAGAAAACCUUUCUGAAAGGAUCUCUAUAUCAGAAAGUUUAACCACACGUGAUGUAUCAUUUCAGAUUACCACCAGUCCUGCUACAUCUUCAUGUGGGUCUGCAAUUACUCACUCAACCCCUCAAACACAGGUAAAAGAGAUUCCAUUAACAGAAAUGUCUGGCAAUCAGACUGAUUUAAACUUAACAGAAAAACUGUUAACCCAAAACAAUUCAGCUACAGUCAGUGGAAGUGAUGCCCUGGGUUCAUCAAUUCAGGCUUCUUUACAAGACCCUAUACCUCAGAAAACAACGGUUUGUCAGUCUGAUUCUGCAGUCGAUUCUGUGGUGGACACUAUUGGUCAAUUAGAUGUUUCUUCACAGCAGGUUGUUUUGUCUGAGAUGAUGUCCAUUGAAGAGGUACCAUUAUUCACUCCAGUUUCACCUACUGAACUUGAGGGACGAUCACUAGUUAUUUCUGGUUUAAUCCCAAGGAAGAUGCUUAUCCCUCAGAUCAUGAUUUCAGAAGCUAGCAGUCCUGAAGACUGUCCUAGUGACGAAGAUAUCAUGACAGAGGAACCCAAUCCAACCGAGAAAGAUGAAACUACUUCGUCUCUCAUUAAUAUGUCUCCUUUGGAAAGCUCUGAUGUUUCUCAAGAUGAUUUAGCUACAACAGUUUUGACAUCUCAAGAAACGAAAGACAGUAAUAUAAUGACAUAUCCAGACGCUCUAGUAGAAGUUUCUGAGAUUAAACAUGAUGAUUACAUUGAGGAUGAAGUCAUCAAUUUAGAUGUAAUUUCAUCACAAUUAAUGCCAAGCCCUGCUGAACAAAAUUGCAGUAACUCUCCUGAGUCCAGCGGUUCUGCAAAAACAGAUCCUGAAGAUGACAAAAAUAAUGACCUAGUGUCCAGUGGCUUCAAACAAGAGUCCAAGCUAGAAGAUGGUGCUAACAUCUCAUCAAAGUGUGAAGAAGAAAUAAAAGACUCUGAAGCAUCCCCUAAAAUAUUGUCUGAACAACUGAGUAUCAAUUCUGGACCAGUGUCCUCAGAAAAUGAACAGGAACAAUCAGAAGAUACUUUAAAAACCACAAUGCUAAAAUCUGAACCAAAUGCAAAGGAGGUGGAAAUGCAGAGUGCAGGGUCACAUGAAGAGGCAGAAAUAACCAGUACUGAACCUGUUACUUCUUCCAAUCUCAAAGACACAGCUGUUGGAGAGGAAUCUGGAAAAGGGUUAUUCUCACUUUUUGGCAGUUCAUCUUUGGGUCAGUCUCAGCAUCAAAGUGGACAGUCAAUACUGGGAGGUAUACUCCCUGGGUCCUCAUCCUCCAAAGAAAUGUCAGGUACAGGAUUAUUCUCAAUGUUCGGAAGCGCCAGUCCUCAGACCACCCCUGCAUCAUCUGUACCCAAAGAACCACCUGGAAAGGGCUUAUUUUCUAUAUUUGGUGGAUCUGUUGCACAACCACAACAUGACCAGGAAGUUCCACCAGUGUCUGGUCCAAAAGAAAUACUUGUUGAACCAAGACUACCACACAUGCCUACUCCAAGUGUGGCCCAAGAAAUGGGACCAAGAGGACCACCAGGACCUAGACCAAGAGGACCACCAGGACCUGGACCAAGAGGACCACCCGGACUUGGACCAAGAGGACCACCAGGACCUAGACCAAGAGGACCACCGGGACAUGUUCCAAGGGCUAUAACUGAACCUGGACCAAGGGCUCCAACUCCAAAGGGACUAUUUUCUGUGUUUGGUGGGUCUUCUCAGCAAACAGCACAGACAGGUGGAUCAGGACCCUCAAUACUUGGAGGGAUUUUGCCUGGUUCUGGAGCCAAAGAUAGUAAUGGGCCUGGAUUUUUUUCCAUGUUUGGUGGUGGUUCUCAAUCGCAAACACCAACUGAUGUUGCUACAACCAAAUCCAACAACAAGGAUACAACAGCAAAAGGACUGUUUUCUAUGUUUGGUGGGCCAAGUCCCAGUGGAGGCUCUGACCCAGAAAAUAUUUUUAAAGUUCCAUCUGUGUUCUCGUCUGAUAAACCAAAAUCUACUGGAGUCAAUCUUGUGUCUGUCACAGAUGAUAAAAAGUCCAACUCAAAACAUGCAGAUUCAGCCACUAUACGUGAAGAUUCCCAAAUAACACCUACACCAUUAUCUGAUGCAAUUAAAGAUGAACACGACUCUGUUGAUGCUAAAGAAGUUCCAGUAGAAAUUACCUUUGAACCUCCUGAUAAGAUAGACAAGAAACCGGGUGAUGAAAUGAAUGAAAACCUUAUGAAUAUUGAAAGGAGGACUGAUGAAAUUGGCUUGACCAUAAAUGAUGAUGCAAAAGCUAAAAUUAUGACGUCAAUAAAUGAGACUGAAGAUGUUGUACCACUGACAGUUGAACAAUCAAAACAUGAAGACACCUCAGUGAAUAACAAAACACAUGAGCAACAAACCAUCAAUGAUCUACAUAAAAAUGAAGAGCUUGACAAAGGAAAAGAAAAAGAAACUAUAGUCAGUAGUUCACAGAAAAUUAAUUCUGUGACAUCAGUAAAUGAGACUAAUGAGGUUAUUCCUCUGACAGAGGAACAACCUAAAAUUGAAGAAACUUCAGUGGUUGACAAAAUAAACAAGGAAACAGCCGUUACAGAGCAACUUAACAACAAUUAUCUGGACAUGCCAACAGAGAAUAAAACUGUAACCAGUAAUUUAGAGAAAACUGAUUGCAUGACAUAUGAGACAACGAAUGAGACUGAAGAGUUUGUUUCCCUGACAGAGGGGCAAUUUAAAAAUGAAGAAACUUCUGUAGUUGACAAAACACUUGAGGGACAAACCAUUAAUAAUCAACUUAAAUAUGAGGAGCUGGACAUGGUAAUUGAUCAAGAAACUGCUGCCACUUGCUUAGAGAAAACAGAUUUUGAAGAGAAUUCAUCAAAGCAAGAGAGCAUUUUGCAGCCGGUUGAAUGUGAGAAAACAUCUGAGGUGUCAUUAGAAACAGGUAAAGCUGUUGAAAAUGAGAUAUCAUCAGAAUCAAAAGAAAAUAAAAUGCAAAAUGAAGCUGGUAUCCCAGUAGAGAGAGAUAUGGAAACAGAAGUGUGUGUAAAACUUGAAAAAUCUCAAGAGAGUAAUAAGCCUCUGGAUUUUGAGAAUCACGUAGACAAUGAGAAAGCUCUCACUGUAGAUACAGAGAAAUGUGAUGAUGUUCAGAAAACAGAUACAACUUCUGUUGAAUCUGAAAAAGACAAUGUCUUGAAAAAUUCUAACAGUCAACAAGCUGAGGACAGAGAAAAAAUAGAUGACAGCACAAAGUCAGAAGAAAGUGACAAACCAUCAGCACAACUAUCUUUAGAUCCACAAUCAAAUUCUUCUGUUCAGCAGCAGGAACACCCCAAACAAGAAAUUACUGUACCUCAGCCAGGGAUGCAGGGUUUUUCUGCUCAGCCAAGAACAAGAAUGGCAGGACCUUUUUGUCAGCCAAGACCUCCAAUGCCUGGACCAAGAGGACCAAGACCUGUGUUUCCUGGUCAACCGAGACCAAGAAUGCCUGGCCCUCAAAGACCCCCAGAGCCUGCUGCAUUUUCUGGAUUUAUGUCAAUGUUUUCUGGUCCAAGUGCUCCUAGCAAGCCAGCAGCUUCUAGUUUUUUCUCAGUACCACAGACAUCUUUCUUCAAGACAUCACCUGCCUCUGCUGCAGCACAACCACAACAACAGAAGAGUUCAUUUUUUAAUCUUCCAACCAGUCUUCAAACAGACUCCCUUACAGGUGAACUUUUUGGAUUGUUUAAAGGUACAGAAGCAACAAAAUCAGAUGAAACCAUGCAACCAGAGAAGCCUGAAACUAAAGAACAUGAUGGAACCCAAGACUCUAAAGAUCAAGCUAGCCUCAGUAUUGAUAAUAAGCCGAAUGCAAUAUUGGAAUCUGAAUUGCCUGCUGAUACUAAAUUAGGAACUGAAGCAGAAUUAAAAGAACUUGAUACGGAGUCAUUCAAAGCUAUUGAAGAGGUCAAAUCUCAACACGAAGCUAUAGAUGAAUGCAAGGAUAUCAAUACAAUGUCUGAAACUAUUCAAAAACAGACAUCUGAAUCAGGUCUGCUAUCAAAGAUAGAGCUAGGGGACAUUGCAACUCCACCUUCUACACCCAAAUUACUAGAUGAAGACAAACUACCAACCUCACCACCUUCUUCUAAGGGUAUCUUUGCUUUACCUGGCUUGUCUACAUCCUCACUAGGUGGUUUAAUGUCUGGCGCAGCAGAGACAGCUAGACCAUUCAGCUCUUUGUUUGGCUCUUCUUCUCCUGCCACUUCAGUUAGUACCAAUCCUUCACAGCCACAAGCAGAGAGCAGUGGUCUGCUUUCUGGUUUCAAAGGUUUUUCUGCUGGUCUCUUCCAAGAGGAAAAAUCAGCUCCUGCAAAGGAAGAAACCACCAUGUCAUCAAUGUUUGGGAGGAAAAUAGGCUUCCCAUGGCAAAAUUCACCUCCCCACACCCCACCUGCUACUCAGUCCAAACCCCCAGACUUGAGACCUGAAGAAACAAAUGAACCUGACGCUGAUAAAUUGUCACCAGAAUCAGAGGUCACAGGAAGUGCAGAUCCCAGUGAUACAGAAGGUCCAAGUGACAACUCUUUACAUGAACAGCCAAGCUUUGACACAAGUCCAGACAGUCUAGAAGCAUGUAAACAAGAAGAUCCCUGUAUGGAAGCUGAACAUUUGGACAAAUCUGUAAUUUACCAAGGUUGCAUAGAUAAGGACAAGGACACACCUAACACAGAUUCCAGUGCAGAAAAGCCAUCGGAGAGACUUCAACAGAAAACCUUUGAUAAAAGCCCGGUGGACAGUUCUCGAUUUGGGUCUUCUGGUAACCUUAGCCAAGCCAGUUCCCAGUUCAGCUCUGAACUGGAGGAACACAGCUUUUCAGAUACUCAAAUCAGGUCUGCUAUUGUUGCUCAACCUCUUCCAGUCUCGGAUGAUACAGAAAAAGGGGAAAGAGAGAUACUAUCAAAUGUACAGAAAGAAGUAAAUGUGGAAAGGACACCCAAACCUGUUGCUAUUCAAGGGAGAAAGCCAGAGAGGCAACACAGUUUCUGUGAGGAUGGUCCUCCUCCUUUCUCUCCUACCCGUCUGCGCUGGUUGAAGGCCAUUAAUAAAGUCAAAGUGAAGCUGCAUGAGAAUAACAAUGGAGACCAUAACAAACAUCCGUGGGCCAAAUCUGGGGGCACUGGAAUAUUUGGCAUUGAUAGCAUGCCUGACCUUAGGAAGAAGAAACCUAUCCCCUUGGUUAGCGAAGUGGCCAUGUCUCUGGUGCAGUCCAGGAAAGCUGGGAUCUCACAUGCAUUAGCUGCACGCUCUUCCCUGAAGGAUGAAGAACUGAAAAAUCAUGUGUACAAGAAGACCCUCCAGGCUCUCAUUUACCCUAUUUCAUGCACGACGCCCCAUAACUUUGAAGUGUGGACGGCCACAACGCCCACCUACUGCUAUGAGUGUGAGGGUCUGUUGUGGGGUAUUGCGCGGCAGGGCAUGCGCUGCUCAGAGUGUGGAGUCAAAUGCCACGAAAAAUGCCAAGAGCUUCUCAACGCAGACUGUUUGCAGAGAGCUGCAGAGAAGAGCUCCAAAACAGGAGCAGAGGACAGAACCCUGCAUAUUAUAUCCGCUAUGAAGGACCGCAUGAAGAUCCGAGAAAGGAAUAGGCCUGAAAUCUUUGAGGUCAUAAGAGUUGUGUUCAAUGUGACUAAACUCAACCACGCUCAGCAGAUGAAGGCCAUCAAACAGACUGUGCUUGAUGGAACAUCAAAGUGGUCUGCCAAAAUCUCCAUCACAGUGGUGAGCGCUCAGGGCCUGCAGGCUAAAGACAGAACUGGUUCCAGUGAUCCGUAUGUGACGGUUCAAGUUGGCAAGACUAAGAAGAGAACCAAAACUAUUUAUGGUAACCUCAACCCCGUGUGGGAGGAGACGUUCAACUUUGAGUGCCAUAAUUCAUCUGACCGCAUUAAACUACGUGUGUGGGAUGAAGACGAUGAUAUAAAGUCUCGGGUGAAGCAGCGUCUAAAGAGGGAAUCUGAUGACUUUUUGGGUCAGAGCAUCAUUGAGGUCCGGACUCUCAGCGGAGAAAUGGAUGUUUGGUACAACCUCGAAAAACGCACUGACAAGUCAGCGGUCUCGGGGGCCAUCAGGCUGCAGAUAAGUGUGGAAAUUAAAGGGGAAGAGAAAGUGGCCCCUUAUCAUGUUCAGUACACCUGUCUGCACGAGAAUUUCUUCCACUAUGUGACGGAGAUUGAAGGGCAGGGUGUGGUGAAGUUGCCUGCGGCACGUGGAGAUGAUGCCUGGAAAGUCUAUUUUGAUGAGGUUUAUCAAGACAUCGUGGAUGAGUUUGCUAUGCGCUAUGGAAUAGAAUCCAUCUAUCAGGCCAUGACGCAUUUUGCAUGUCUGUCCUUUAAAUACAUGCUUUCUGGCCUCCCUGCUGUAAUGAGCACACUCCUGGCCAACAUCAAUGCAUUCUACGCUCAUCCCACCUCAGUCACCAACGUAUCCGCCUGCGAUCGCUUCACUGCUUCCAACUUUGGGAAAGAUCGCUUCGUUAGACUGCUGGAUCAGCUCCAUAACUCUCUCCGCAUUGACUUGUCAACAUACAGAAAUAAUUUCCCAGCCAGCAGUAAACCCCGUCUAGCAGAUCUCAAAUCCACAGUGGAUUUAUUGACUAGCAUUGCAUUCUUCAGACUAAAGGUUUUGGAACUGCAGUCUCCUCCUCGUGCAGCCCAUGUGGUUCGGGACUGUGUGAAGGCAUGUCUUAACUCUACCUAUGAGUACAUUUUUAACAACUGCCAAGAGCUCUACAGCAGACAGUUCCAGCCGGCUGUGGAGCCUAAACCAAAAGAAAAGAAAGAGGGAGAAGAUGGCGAAGAAGAGGAAGACGAGAAGGAUGGGAAAGAGGAUGGAAAUGUUGCUGUGGAGGAACCUGGACCAAGCAUACAGAAUUUGGACUUCUGGCCCAAACUCAUCACCCUGAUAGUGUCCAUCAUAGAGGAGGAUAAGAAUGCCUACAACCCCGUUAUCAAUCAGUUUCCUCAGGAGCUGAAUGUGGGAAUGGUCAGUGCGGAAGUCAUGUGGACACUCUUCGCACAGGACAUGAAGUAUGCUUUGGAAGUUCUUAAACAUAUCGUCCUCAAACAUUGGAAAAAUGCACCCGCCUCAUUCCAUAUUCGCAGACUUGAUUUUUAUGCUGAGCAUGAGAAGCUCCGGCUGUGUAAAAGUGCCGACUACAUGAAUCUGCAUUUCAAAGUCAAAUGGCUCUACAACGAAUAUGUCCAUGACCUGCCCGCCUUCUCCAACACCGUCCCCGAGUACCCAUCGUGGUUUCUGCCAUUUGUUCUCCAAUGGCUGACUGAGAAUGAGGAAGUGUCGAUGGAGUUUAUGCAUGGAGCCCUUGAGAGGGAUAAAAGAGAGGGGUUCCAGCAGACGUCUGAGCACGCUCUGUUCUCCUGCUCAGUCGUGGACAUCUUCACUCAGCUCAACCAAAGCUUUGAGAUCAUCAAGAAACUAGACUGUCCUGAUCCUGCAGUGGUCGCCCAGUACAACCGACGCUUUGCCAAGACUAUCACCAAAGUGCUCCUGCAGUAUUGUGCUAUUCUAACCAAGAGCUUCUCCACCUACUGUGAGAAAGAAAAGACGCCCUGUGUGCUGAUGAAUAAUGUUCAGCAGAUGCGGGUGAUGUUGGAGAAGAUGUUCGAGUCUAUGGGAGCCAAACAGUAUACUGCUGAGGAACACAGGCUGGAGGAUGAGGAGGAGCCUGAGGACGAUGAGGAGGAGGCCAUCACCGAUGAUGAAGGGAAUGAGUCCGAUGAAUCAGAUGCUAAGUCUGGCAUUUCAGAUUCAGAAGGAUCAGAGAUUGACAACAAAGAGAAGGAGAAUAAGCUUGGCAGGCAGAAGUCCGUUGCUAAGAAAGAAAAGGGGGAAAAGAAGGACAAAGAGAAGGAGGAUGAGAACACGACCACAGAGGUGGGUGAUGGAGCCAAGCCCAAAGAUGAGGGAAAACAGAAAGAGGCAACAGUUGACACAAAAAAGCUCGACACCGAGGCUGCUGAUAUCCUCAAUGACCUGCAGGGAAAGCUUAAUUCUGUUCUGGAUAAUCUGAGUGGCAUGUUUGUCAAGAGUUUCCUGGGCCGUAUAAACGUGUGUCUGCGUCAGAUGGCAGAGAUCCUUUACCAGAUUAAAGGGCCUCUGAAUCAGAAUACUCGUAACACGGCAGAAGCCGAUGCCGACAGCGCACUGCGGCCGCUGAUGGAGUUCCUCGACACAAACCUCAGCAUCUUUGCAGACAUAUGUGACAAGACUGUGUUGAAGCGGGUGCUGAAGGACCUCUGGAGGAACGUGCUGAUCUGUAUGGAGAAAACCAUUGUGUUGCCUCAGAGCAGCGACAGUAUAGGAGCUCAGCUGCUUACUGCUGCUAAGGAGCUGUCUAAACUAAAGGGAGGAGCGGAGCCAAAGAGCCUGUCACCAAGGCAGUGUCUGAUCAUGGAGGUGGCGCUGGACUCAGUCAAGAUGUUCUUUCAUGCUGGUGGGAACGGUUUAAAGAAAGUCUAUCUGGAGAAGAGCCCCGAGCUGUCGUCACUGCGCUACGCUCUCUCUCUCUAUACACAGACCACAGAUGCUCUUAUCAAGACAUUUGUGACAACACAACAUGCUCAAGUGCAAAACGGUAUGGGCAUCAGGAUCACCCCCAAGGAGAACGUCCGACCUGACAGAGGUUCUGGAGUUGAGCGGCCGAUAGGAGAGGGAGUGAUUCAGCUGGAUUUGUCGCCCCCAGCUGGAAACACAGAGCAGAAACUCAGCGUCAGAGUGAUUGCGGUAAAUGACAUGAAAUGGCAGACCUCAGGGAUGUUUCGUCCAUUUGUGGAGGUUAACCUGGUCGGCCCAAUGCUCGCAGAGAAGAAACGGAAAUUCACAACUAAAUCAAAAAACAAUAGCUGGAGUGCAAAGUACAAUGAGGCCUUUCAAUUUGUGUUGGGUAAAGGCGUGAGUCUGGACUGCUAUGAGAUUCAAAUAACUGUGAAGGAUUACUGUUUCGGCCGUGCAGACCGGGUUGUCGGGAUUGCUGUCUUGCAGCUGCGUGACAUAGCAGACCGUAAAAGCUGCGUGUGCUGGUGUCCACUGGGCCCACGCAUUAACAUAGAUGAAACUGGGACCACCGCGCUACGAAUCCUCUCUCAACGCUCAGCAGAUGAGGUUGCCAAAGAGUUUGUCAAACUAAAAUCUGAGACCAGACCUGUUGAAGAGGGCAGGUGAACGCCAGAAGACAUCUUUUAUUGAUCAAUAUUAUAAGUGUGGACUCAUAGAAACAGAAGAGAUGUUGAUAAUGCGAGACAAAAGGAAGAGACUUCUUGACUGUAUCUUACAAGCAAACAUGCGUUCAUGAACUGAACACACAAGGACCCACACUGUUGCUGAAAGCGUGUUUGUUUAUUCAAAGCCUUAAGAGUCACGUAACCACUUGACUCUUCAUGAUGGACAACUGCUCAUUGGGAUGAGUGUUUGCACUGAGAACAGCGUUCCCACGUUCAUGGAAAAAUCUGGAAAUAUCAGGGAAUUUCAAUUAAGCCAUGGAAAGGUCAUGGAAAUUAACAAAACCUCUAGAGGUGAAUGAUAAGUUGUUCAAAGAUUGCAAUCUCAGUUCCAACGACAAUAUAAUCUGGGUGUUGACAACUUUGUUCAACUAUUAUUUGGCAAGCAAGCUAAUCGAUUACGUUUUACAAAAAUGAUUUAAUUCAGGCACAUUCACACCAAGAAUGAUAACAAUAAUGGUAACAACAAAGAAAGAGAUAUGGUUCUAAAAAACCACAGCUAUGAUAAUUAAAUCACCAGAAUCACUUUCAGAAUUUGUUUUCAGCUUUUGAACAAUAAUAGCAUUGACAGCCAAUCAGAAUCCAUCCGGAUUUAAAAGGCACUAGUAUUUAACGUGAAGCAGAAGAUAAAAGCGAAAUGUGCUUGUAAUGAACAGAACAAUGUUGUGCUGUAAUGUAGAAGCUACUAUAAUACAGUUUUAUAGCAGCAGUAAACAAAGUCUGUGAGGUUUACAAACCAGGACUCGGCAUGUCGAAAGUGCAAAAUCAGAGAGUCAAAGAAGACAAUACAGAUGUUACGCUUGUCUCACACCACAAGUGCAGGCAGAGUGUGAGCAGUGCGUGUGCAGCAUGUAUAGAGAGAGCAGAAACAGCACGCAGGCAUUUGACUUUCACAACGGCAGCGUCAGCAGCGUGCAUCGCAUUGGCAUUUGUUGCUUUGAUCAAUCUGUCUCUGUUUAUUCCUUCUACUUAUCUAUCUAUCUAUCUAUCUAUCUAUCUAUCUAUCUAUCUAUCUAUCUAUCUAUCUAUCUAUCUAUCUAUC